AUGGACGAGGAGAAUUCGGUGGCUGCUGCUGAUUUUGCUGGUUUGAGCACCCAUUUCAGGGGCAGGAAGAGGAUUCAGAGGAGGGAGGCGAGCUGGGCCAUAAGGAGCAUGCAAGACAAGAUGAUGGAUCUUAUGGAUGUUGAAAAAUGCAUGCAGAGAAUGAUGCUUUGGAAGCUGAUAUGGACUUCGAAUCAAACUCAGUCCCACCGUACCUCCAACCAGACAAGGAGACUGAUCUUUAUUCUCAGCUUAACUAACCUGCUGCACCAACUGGUCAUGCAGCAGUCCCGGCAAACCGGCAGCAGGAGGAUGAAGUGGGACUGUCUACAGUGCCACACGCCUCAAUUUGUACCUCAAAACUAA